AUGGAAGAUACAAUACACUUGCUGCUACCUGGAAGACUUGGGCUUCAUCGAGGCCCAGUUCUGGUUCACUCGAAGCGGGGAUGGCUCUCCCCUCUCCCCUCCUCCCUCUGGCGACGGCGCCGCCGAGCUCGCCUUCUCCCUCCUCUCCUCCGACGCCCUCCCUCCGCUCCCCUCUGGCUUCGUCCCCCGCCCCUCCCCCCGCCUCGUCGACCUCGCUCCGUCCUCCCUGCUCCUCCCCCGCCCAACAGGUUUUGGGCGCUCGACUCUGAGGACUCAGGAUCGGAUUCCGAUGCUCCCCCUUCCCCUCCCCAUUCGGUGCUUGUGUGCGGCCUCCCCGUCGUCUCGGCUCCGGGCCGCUGCCGGAAGUUCGCGCCUGGUGGGUGUGGGCGGCCUGCCUCCGCCGUGCUGGAAGCGGACGGCUGGCGGCGCGUGUCCCGUGGGCGUCGCCGUGCUCCUGCUCCGUCCCCGGCGCGGGGGCUCCUGGGCCCUGGCGGGGGCGGCGUGGUGGUGCCGGCCCCGCCCUCUCCCCCCUCCCCGCCGGUGUCUUCCCCUGCUUGCGCUCCGUCGGGGGGUUCGUUGCUGCCUUCGUCGUCGGCGACGGUGGCGUCGUCAACCCUAGAUCUGGCGUUGGUGUCUGUGGAGGGCUCUGUCCCUGGGCCGCGGGCCCACGAGUCGCCUGUUGGGCUUGUUGGGCCUGGGGAUGUUCCCCCCUGA